CACAAUCACAUCAAGAGCUGCAACCAUGAUAAAUAUGAUGAUGCGCUGGUGAAGAUUAAGACUGAACAUGAGGAUCUGACGCCCACCAGAAGCUCCAGUAAUCAGCAAACGUCCUCUGGUACUGUCAGCAUUAACACCUCUCUCAGUCCCACACAGGAAGAAGGAAACGUCUGCUCACAGUGUGGGAAGAGCUUCAGUACCCGGAGGAAUCUAAAAAUACACCAGCGCAUUCACACUGGAAAGAAACCGUAUCAGUGCUCAGAGUGUGGGAAGGGUUUUAGGUACCAGAAUGAAUUCAAAGAACACCAGCGCAUUCACACUGGAGAGAAACCGUAUCAGUGCUCACAGUGUGAGAAGAGCUUUAAUCGUCGAAGUAAUCUCAAAAUACACCAGCGCAUUCACACUGGAGAGAAACCGUAUCUGUGCUCUCAGUGUGGGAGGAGUUUUAAUCAACAGAGAACUCUGACAAGACAUCAGCGCAUUCACACUGGAGAGAAACCGUAUCACUGCUCACAGUGUGGAAAGAGUUUUAAGCAUGAAAGUUAUCUCAAAGAACACCAGCGCAUUCACACUGGAGAGAAACCGUAUCAGUGCUCACAAUGUGGAAAGAGUUUUAGUCAUCAGAGUUCUUUUAAAAAACACCAGCUCAUUCACACUGGAGAGAAACCACAUCAGUGCUCACAGUGUGGGAAGAGCUUUAAUCAACAAAGUAAUCUCAAACUACACCAGCGCAUUCACACUGGAGAGAAACCGUAUCAGUGCUCACAGUGUGGAAAGAGUUUCAAGCAUCAAUGUUAUCUCAAUGAACAUCAGCGCAUUCACACUGGAGAGAAACCGUAUCAGUGCUCACAGUGUGGAAAGAGUUUUAAUCGUCAAAGUCAUCUCAAAAGACACCAGCGCAUUCACACUGGAGAGAAACCAUAUCAGUGCUCACAGUGUGGGAAGCGUUUUAAUCAACAGAGUAAACUAAAACACCAGUGCAUUCACAUUUUACAGAAAUGAUGCUCACAGUGUGGGAGCUGCUUUAGACACAAGUGUGACACAUCAGAUUGUAUCAGAUUAUUUCUGUUUCUGAAAAACUCUUUAUUAAAAUCUUCUACUUUGAAUCUUCUACAAAUCACUUUAUAGUCACGUCACAUUAACACAGGUGUGAAAGGUGAGUGAAAUGCUUAGGUGCUCGGUCCCUCAGAGUUGCAACACACAUUAAUUACAAAAAUAUACACCUUAACUUACAGAAAAACUAAAAACUAGCACCAUUUGUUCAGGAUAUACAGAUAUAAUACAGGAUUCUGUGUGCAGAUGUACAAGAUUAUGAAAGUGAAUGAAUAUAAAUACAUAAAAAUACAAUUGAA